CCAAAGGCCUCUCCCUAUAUAUAUAUCAUUCCCUUCACUUCUGCACCUCUAAAACCCUCAUUUCAACCCUCUAAAACCCAAAAACGACAGCCAAAAAAAAUGAGCUCCUUCGUCAACUCCAACACAAACCUGGACAACCUCCUCCUCCAAGCCCUGAUGGGUAGGCUCCAGAUUCGCCCUCCCAACCAUCACCACAACCCACUCCUUUCCCAUAAAUCCCUCGAAGACCUCCUCCUCUUCGACUCCCCCACCUUCUCCGACGACGACGACGAAAACGACGACGCAGCCGAAAACGACGGCGACAAGACCCUCCUCGCCAAGGAGGAGUCCAGGCUCGAGAAGGAUAUCGUCCGCCUCAUCCUCGCUGGCAACUCCGACCGCCUCCGCCCCAACUCCGGUCAGGCCGUGGCCGUCGGCGACCACCACGUCUGCGUCGGAUUCCACGAGGAGAAGGGCUCGGAUUACCGCGUCUGGGAGUGGCACGGCCACAUCAUGCUCUUCGACGACGAUAAUGGAUAUACUCCCGAGUAUAUCUAUGGAAAUUACUUUGAGAGAUUCCAAUUACCUAAUAAUGCUAAUAAGGCUAGGGUUUCUCCCGCGGAAGAGGAGGAGGAGGAGGAGGCAGCUGAGGAGAAGGUGGCGGCGAAUUUGGGGCUUAGGGAAUUGAUCGACGGCGGUGAGGCUGAUUCCGGUCGGACUCGGGUUCUUCAUCGCAAUAUCAAUGCCGGUUCUUCUUCAAGGGUUUAGUUAGAGAGCAACAAGCUUGAGAUUUGCAAAAGGGGCUUCUUUCUUUUGAUUUUUCAGCGUCAUAAACAUGUAGUAUGGAUUGGUUUGGCCGGUCAUUACAGAGCUUAUUAGAAAAAAGCUGUCCUGUAAUUUGAUUACAUGCUUUCUUGUUAUGCUUUUACUACUCUCUCUUUAUUUCCCUUCUAAUGGCUACCAGUUUUUCCAUUUUAUUUACUAGUCUCUUUAAGCCUUAUUUAAGCUUAAGGAGUAUAUGGUUACAAUUUACAUGCUCAAUAUUCUUUUCUA